CUGUGCCCCCGAACUACCACCACUUGCGUGCUCCCGCCCCGGCCCGCCUCCCGGAGUUGUCCGGCUCCGAGCUCUCCAGCGCCCGGGAUCCUCCUGGACCGGUCCGUCCAGAUUCCCGCGGGUCCGACCUGCCUGCAUCCCCCGGCAUCGCCAGGCUCGGGCUGCCGCCUCGGUUCCGGAGCCGCCCGCCUGGAUUGCACCCUCUCCUUGCCCGGAUCUCCUGGGACCGUACGCGAGCGUUCCUCGGAGCCCGCGGAGCGGACCGUUCCCCGAGUGCCCGCAGCCCCGCCGGCGCGGCUCGGCGCGGCCCGGCUUGGCUCCCGGAGCCCGCCCCGGCCAUGGCCCGAGCCCGCCCCGCCUCCGCCGCCGCCGCCACCGCCGGGGCUCCUGCCGCUGCUCCCUCCGCUGCUGCUCCUGCCUCUGCUGCUGCCCGCGGGCUGCCGGGCGCUGGAAGAAACCCUCAUGGACACAAAAUGGGUGACGUCGGAGUUGGCAUGGACAUCUCAUCCAGAAAGUGGGUGGGAAGAGGUGAGCGGCUACGACGAGGCCAUGAACCCCAUCCGCACGUACCAGGUGUGUAACGUGCGAGAGUCGAGCCAGAACAACUGGCUUCGCACGGGGUUCAUCUGGCGGCGAGAGGUGCAGCGCGUCUACGUGGAGCUCAAGUUCACCGUGCGCGACUGCAACAGCAUCCCCAACAUCCCUGGCUCCUGUAAAGAGACCUUCAACCUCUUCUACUACGAGGCUGACAGCGACGUGGCCUCGGCCUCCUCCCCCUUCUGGAUGGAGAACCCCUACGUGAAGGUGGACACCAUCGCGCCUGAUGAGAGCUUCUCACGGCUUGAUGCCGGCCGUGUCAACACCAAGGUGCGAAGCUUCGGGCCGCUCUCCAAGGCCGGUUUCUACUUGGCCUUCCAGGACCAGGGUGCCUGCAUGUCACUCAUCUCUGUGCGUGCCUUCUACAAGAAGUGUGCAUCCACCACCGCGGGCUUCGCCCUUUUCCCCGAGACCCUCACUGGGGCUGAGCCCACCUCUCUGGUCAUUGCCCCCGGCACCUGCAUCGCUAAUGCCGUGGAGGUGUCUGUGCCCCUCAAGCUGUACUGCAACGGUGAUGGGGAAUGGAUGGUGCCUGUGGGAGCCUGCACCUGUGCCACCGGCCAUGAGCCAGCUGCCAAGGAGUCCCAGUGCCGCCCCUGUCCCCCUGGGAGUUACAAGGCGAAGCAGGGAGAGGGGCCCUGCCUCCCCUGCCCCCCCAACAGCCGCACCAGCUCGCCGGCUGCCAGCAUCUGCACCUGCCACAGUAAUUUUUACCGUGCGGAUUCGGACUCUGCAGACAGCGCCUGUACCACGGUGCCAUCUCCCCCCCGGGGUGUGAUCUCCAAUGUGAAUGAGACCUCACUGAUCCUCGAGUGGAGCGAGCCCCGGGACCUGGGUGGCCGGGACGACCUCCUAUACAACGUCAUCUGCAAGAAGUGCCACGGAGGCCCUGGGGCCGGGGGCGCCUCCGCCUGCUCUCGCUGUGAUGACAAUGUGGAGUUUGUGCCUCGGCAGCUGGGCCUGACAGAACGCCGGGUCCACAUCAGCCAUCUGCUGGCCCACACGCGCUACACCUUUGAGGUGCAGGCAGUCAACGGUGUCUCGGGCAAGAGCCCUCUGCCCCCCCGCUACGCGGCUGUGAAUAUCACCACCAACCAGGCUGCCCCGUCCGAAGUGCCUACACUACAUCUGCACAGCAGCUCAGGCAGCAGCCUGACCCUGUCCUGGGCGCCCCCAGAGCGGCCCAAUGGAGUCAUCCUGGACUACGAGAUGAAGUACUUUGAGAAGAGUGAGGGCAUUGCCUCCACGGUGACCAGCCAGAAGAACUCGGUGCAGCUGGACGGGCUGCGGCCGGACGCCCGCUAUGUGGUCCAGGUCCGGGCCCGCACCGUAGCCGGCUAUGGGCAGUACAGCCGUCCAGCUGAGUUUGAGACCACAAGCGAGAGAGGCUCGGGUGCCCAGCAGCUCCAGGAGCAGCUUCCCCUCAUCGUGGGUUCUGCCACAGCCGGGCUGGUCUUCGUGGUGGCUGUCGUGGUCAUCGCUGUCGUCUGCCUCAGGAAGCAGCGGCACGGCUCUGACUCGGAAUACGCAGAGAAGCUGCAGCAAUACAUUGCUCCUGGAAUGAAGGUUUAUAUUGAUCCUUUUACCUAUGAGGACCCUAAUGAGGCCGUGCGGGAGUUUGCCAAGGAAAUCGACGUAUCCUGUGUCAAGAUCGAGGAGGUGAUUGGAGCUGGGGAAUUUGGGGAAGUGUGCCGGGGUCGGCUGAAGCAGCCAGGCCGCAGGGAGGUGUUUGUGGCCAUCAAGACACUGAAGGUGGGCUACACGGAGAGGCAGCGGCGGGACUUCCUCAGUGAGGCCUCCAUCAUGGGCCAGUUUGACCACCCCAACAUAAUCCGACUGGAGGGCGUGGUCACUAAAAGUCGGCCAGUCAUGAUUCUCACCGAGUUCAUGGAGAACUGUGCUCUGGACUCCUUCCUCCGGCUCAACGACGGACAGUUCACGGUCAUCCAGCUGGUGGGCAUGUUGCGGGGCAUUGCUGCUGGCAUGAAAUACCUAUCCGAGAUGAACUACGUGCACCGAGACCUGGCUGCCCGCAACAUUCUUGUCAACAGCAACCUGGUCUGCAAAGUCUCAGACUUCGGCCUCUCCCGCUUCCUGGAGGAUGAUCCCUCUGAUCCUACCUACACCAGCUCCCUGGGCGGGAAGAUCCCCAUCCGCUGGACUGCCCCCGAGGCCAUAGCCUAUCGGAAGUUCACCUCUGCUAGUGAUGUCUGGAGCUAUGGAAUCGUCAUGUGGGAGGUCAUGAGCUAUGGAGAGCGACCCUACUGGGACAUGAGCAACCAGGAUGUCAUCAAUGCCGUAGAGCAGGAUUACCGGCUGCCCCCACCCAUGGACUGUCCCACAGCACUGCACCAGCUCAUGCUGGACUGCUGGGUGCGGGACCGCAACCUCAGGCCCAAAUUCUCCCAGAUUGUCAACACCCUGGACAAGCUCAUCCGCAAUGCUGCCAGCCUCAAGGUCAUCGCCACUGCCCAGUCCGGCAUGUCACAGCCCCUCCUGGACCGCACGGUCCCGGAUUACACGACCUUCACAACAGUUGGUGACUGGCUAGAUGCCAUCAAGAUGGGGCGGUACAAGGAGAGCUUUGUCAGCGCGGGGUUUGCGACCUUUGACCUGGUGGCUCAGAUGACUGCAGAAGACCUGCUCCGGAUCGGGGUCACCUUGGCUGGCCAUCAGAAGAAGAUCCUUAGCAGUAUCCAGGACAUGCGGCUGCAGAUGAACCAGACGCUGCCCGUGCAGGUCUGACACCUGACUCCCACUGGGUGGGUGCCCCCCAAGGACUGUGCAGGGACUCUGACCAGCCGGCUGGACUUUUGGACUUUUGGAUGCCUGGCCUUAGGCUGUGGCCCAGAAGAUGGAAGUUUGGGGAAGGCCCAAACUGGGACUUCUCCUCCAGGCCUGUGCUCCCUCCCCAGGAAGUGUGCCCCAAACCUCUUCAUAUUGAAGAUGGAUUAGGAGAGGGGGUGAUGACCCCUCCCCAAGCCCCUCAGGGCCCAGGCCUUCCUGCUUUCCAGUGGGGGAUCCCCAUCACCUCAGACUUCCCUGUUCUUCAGUGCUGGAGGUCCUGGCAGGGUCAGGUGGAGAAAAAGCCUGGGUUCUAUAGGGCCCAGCCCUGGCAGGGGUCUGGCCCCCCAGGUAGGCAGAGUAGUCCCUCCCUCAGGAACUGGAGG